UUUAUAUCAAGCAUCCCCCGUUUACCGACCGGAGUUUUUAAGAUCCACAAAAACAUCAAUCAUCAUGGAUUUCUUGAAAGACUAUCUUCCGCCCGCCAAAGGCUAUCUCCCGUACUAUAUGAUGCUGACUUCUGUGCUCGCUGUUGGGAAUGCCUUUCAGAAUUAUAUAACACUACACUUCUCCCGACGCCUCUACAACGGCCAGUUCGUACCGAACCCCUCCCUAUCUCCCAAGUCGGCUACCUUCGAUCCGGAAGACUCAACUCGGAAACUUGUACCUGCAUCCGCAACGUCCAAUCCUAAAGCCGGACGUACCCAGGACCAGGUCACCCCCCUCGCUGCCAGAUUAUUCGGUACUUAUACUAUCGUUUCGGCUAUCGUGCGCUUCUACGCUAGCUACAAUCUUCAUCUGGCUCCCGUUUACCAAAUCACCCUGUGGACCUACGUCGUUGCACUUGCGCAUUUCGGCUCCGAAUUCGCUAUCUAUAAAACGGCGCACAUGGGUCCAAUUGCGUCAACCUUCUUCUUUGCCACCGUUGGUAUCGUAUGGAUGACCAGCCAAUAUAACUUCUACGUCGAAGUAUAAGCCUGAAGGGAUAGACUUUUCGGGGGGAGAAAGAAGCGUAAUGGGUAUAAUAUCAUCAAUAAUAUAAGUAAUCAGCAUACAUAAUCGACGAGUUUGAUGUGGAACGCAU